AUGUCGAAAGAGGCGCUCUACGAGCCCGUGUCUUCGACGCGCCUCCACGUCUUUUCCACGCCCAUCGUCUCGGCUGAGGACAGCAACAACACGCGCGACGAGGAGGAGAGCCGCAGCAUCGACAAUGGCCGGCAGUACGCGCCGGACCACCGACGACACCCCGACAACUUUCCCCGACUGCAACGGCACGAGGAGCCGACGCUGCUCGAAAUCUUUUACGAUUUAUUCUUUGCCGCGACGUACAACGCCUACUGCGAUGUCCAGACAGUGACCAACCAUGCGAGUUUCAAAGCCUCGAUUGGCUUUUUCUGCUUACUGUGGCUGACGUGGUUCAACGUCACCAUGUUUGAUGUCCGCUUCGCGACCGACUCCAUCUUUUCACGCCUCAACACGGCCAUUCAGCUCGGCGUCCUCAUUGGCUUCGUCGUUGUCGCGCCCAAGUUCAACCCGACCACGCAAGAUGUGCCCACGAUGCGCGCCAUGUCCAUCAUCCUGGCCAUUUCCCGAUUCAACCUCAUGGGCCAGUACGCCUGGAUGACGUUUCACGUGCGCCGCUACCGCACCACCCGGCUGCCCUUGCUCCUGCAAAUGACCAUUUACCUCGCCGCCGGCGCCGUGUACCUCGGGCUCACGUUCCGCUUCGCCGCGGCGCGGCACAGCCGGGCGUACGUGACGUGGUACUGCGUGUCGGCAGCCGAGGGCAUCGCCAGCCUGCUGCUGUCCAACCACGCGCCGAUUCUCAGCGUCGGGCGGACGCACCUGAUGAAGCGGCUCGGGCUGCUGACCGUCAUGAUCCUCGGCGAGGGCAUCGAGUCGCUCGCCAAAAAGGUCCUCGUCAUCGUCAAGCACAAGCACGCCUGGGACGCCUCCACCAUUGGCUUCGUCACGGCCGCGGCCGCGACCGUCUACUUUGUCUUCCUCGUCUACUUUGACUGGCUCGGCGGCCGGACGCACCUCCCGCCCGUGCGCCGCAACCUCUGGGUCGCGCUGCACUUUCCGUUCCACCUCGCGCUCGUGCUCUUCAUGCAGGGCUUCACGCAGAUGCUCAUCUGGAGCAAGAUUGCGCGCCAGCUGCAGCGCGCCUUUGACUUUGCCGACCCGACCAACGACGCCGACGUGCUUGCCGGCCACGCCACCAGCCUGUCCGUCGCCAGCAGCAUGAACGCCUCGGUGCACGAGUUCGUCAAGGACUACCCGUCUAGCCUCGAGAGCACGGGGCUCGUCAUCGACGCCGCCAUCAGGAAUAUCUCGUCGCUGCCCGACAGCUUCUGGCCGGUCGUGGCCCGCUUGAGCGGAGACCAGACCAGCAGCGGCAUCGCCGGCGCAAACUUGACCGACGCCGACUUGAGUAACCUGGGCCAGCUGUACUACUCAGGCAUCAGUCUUGCCGUCACCAUGGCCAACAACGUGUUUCGCGCCUUCAACACCGAGGUGUUUGGUGAGAUUGAGUCCAAGCACAAGGACCUGGAAGGCAAGGAUCGUGAGGGCUUCCAGUUCCAGCUGCAAGAGGACAACUGGAGCCGGUAUGGCCUUGUGUUUACCUACACGUACAUCAGUGCCGCCUGCACCAUCUUGCUUGUUCUCGUUCUCAAGCAGCUCACCGAUGGCUACAUCCCCAAGGGCUGGGGCAUCAUUCGCCAAAUCAUCAUUUUCGGUCUUGCCCUCGGCACCGGCCUGGCCACCAUUGUGUGGUUCAACAGCGACCGUGUGUUUAAUUGGCUACAGACACCGUGGGUCAUGCCUACGUUGUGCUUUGUCUGGAUGGCUAUUGUCGUGUUGACGCACGUGAAUCUUGGUGGUGUGAAGCUCAACGCGAGCCACCUAAAGUGGCGGUUGCGCAAGUAG